GAAAGCAGCUGGGAAAAAUAGGAAGUGACAGCGGUAGGUGUGACUAAGUGUGAUAUACGAAAAGCUGAGAGCUGAAGGCGUGAACGCUCAAAGCGCAGAGCUCGAGCAUCACAUUCACCGAGAAUUACAAGGUGCACAAGAUGACGACUCCUACCACUGUCUUUGUGACCGUUGGAAAAAACAACACAUUCAUUGACUCAGAGUUUCGUUACACUGUCUUUCCUAUAUUCUAUGGCCUGGUCUUUGCCUUGGGGUUAAUUGCCAACUGCUACGCUCUUUAUGUGCUGCACCAUAUGCGGGAGUCUAAAGCCAUGAAUGAGAUUCGAAUCUACAUGACCAACUUGACUGUUGCAGACUUGCUGUUUGUGUCCGCUUUACCGUUCUGGAUUGGCUACUACAUGAAUCAUGGUGACUGGAAGUACUCAGAUGCCCUCUGUCGUGUCACAGGCACGUUUUUCUUCAUCAACACAUACUGCUCUAUUCUCUUCCUUACUGUCAUCAGCAUUAACCGUUACUGGGCCGUUACCAGUCCGCUGGUGGCCGCUUCUUCUGACUGCUGGAAACGUGGAGCAAUCAUAUCAGCAUUCAUCUGGAUCGUCACUCUUGCGGCUGCAGUUAAAUAUCUCGUUCAGCGGGGAAUCCAGGAGGACAAUAACAUUUCUCGCUGUUUUGAGGGUUAUCAAAACGAGGAUGUCUCUAAUGUAAACACAGUGGCUGUCACCCACUUCAUCAUUAUUGGCUUGUUCUUUCUUGUUUUCUUGAUGGUGAUUGUGUGCAACAUUUUGAUUGCUCGAGCUCUUCUGACGCAACCCAUCAGUCAGCCUCGAGCCAGCACAGGAAAGCGUCCCGGUGGUACCAAGCGCAGAGCUUUGAGGAUGCUGUGUGCUGUCAUAGGCGUCUUUGUAAUCUGUUUCCUGCCCCACCACGUGGUUCAGGGUCCCUGGGUGUUGUCUGUGCUGCACUUGAGGAAAGAUUGGAACAUAAAAACUCACCAACGCUUAAACGAUGCUCACCAGAUCACCCUUAUGCUUAUGGGGCUCAACUGCCUACUAGACCCGCUGGUGUAUUGCUUCGCCACCACAAAGUUCCGAAAGUACAUCCAGAACCAUUUCACAAAGGUCAAGCAUAACAAAAACUGCUCACGCAACACAUUAAGCACGGCUAUGUCACUGAAGAGCAGACAUCAAAGUGAAAUAUGAAGAGAAGAAAGCAGCUGAGAAAUAUUUGGUGUCUACUUAUUUUAACCAAUUAUGAUCUUAUAUAGACAGUUUUAAAUUUUAGUGCAAUUUAAUUUCAGUUAAUCCAAAUUAGGCUCUGUUUGGAUUCUUAAAGGCAUAGUUCAUCUAAAAAUAAAAAUUCUGUCAUCAUUUACUCAUAUUGUUCCAAACCUGUAUGAUGUUUUUGUUUUAUAUAUAUAUAUAUAUAUAUAUAUAUAUAUUUAAAAAAUGCCUUAAACAAACCACUCAAAAUCUCUUCUUUUGUGUUCCACAGAAGUAACCGUGAGGCUGGGCAAAUGACAGAACUUCCAUUUUUAGGUGAACUAUCCCUUUAAAUGUAAAGGAACGUGCAUGAUUUUUUUUUUCCCCCUUUGAUGACAACAUUUUUAUUUUUGGGUGAACUAUGCCUUUAAAUGCACUUGUGUAGGUGGAAUAUCUAUAUAGGUCAAGCAAACAUAUUAUUUGUAAAAGGAUUGCUAUUCUCGGUUAGAUGUGCUGUUCAUUCUUGUUAAGAAUAAUGAAAGCAUGAUGUCAUAUCAGUAGACAGUCUUCUCUAGAAUAAGGACGACAAAAGAGUGAAGAGGAUGCUGUGCUUGAUCUGACCAAACCAACAGGUGAUAAGAAUAGAAGACAGCUCUUUCUUUUUCUUUUUUUGACAUAAUGCAGAUGAAAGAAGCUACCUAUUUCCUGUAAUACUAGAGCUUCACUGUCCAUCUUAAAAAGGGAGAGACUGUGGUGCUGCUGAGGAGUUUGGAUUAUCUGGAAUAUAAAUUGCACUUCGUCAAAAGGUUGCCAUGUUACUAUGACAACAAAUAUUUAUUGUACUACUUUGCUUGUUUUAUGUGGAGCAUUCCUGUGGGCCAUUUCUUGGGCCACACAGAAAGCCUAUGUAUUCUUUUGCAAUGGUUUGUUCUCCAGAAUGGGGAACUUGAACCGCACACUUUCCCUGGAAGUGUGCACUUAAACUUUGAAAUGACCAAUAAACUGCCCUUUUCUUGAUCUAGAACUGAAAAUAAAUUUUCUGCACAAGUGCUGUGGAAGUAUUUAUUUAACAGUAUGUGAUCAUUUUUUUCUAAUAUACUGUAAGUUGAAAUCUGUUUUAUAUGUAUGGUUUAUAUGUAGUGCUUUGCAAAGCCAGACUUAUGUGUUUACAAAUAUGUAUUUCAAUUCCCAGUAAUGUCUUGCCAUUUUGUAGUGUUUAAAAAGGUUUGUACAUGAGCUGUGUGUUUUAUGGUGGUCCUUUAGACAAUUAUUCAAUGUUGUUUAUUUCCUUGUGGCAUUGACACAUUUUACAAUAGUAUAAUGCUUGUGUGACAGCUACUUCUGCUGAAUCUUUCUCAGUAAUUAACUUCUGCAUUAAGCAGGAAGUUUUGCAAGAUGGUGUUAUGUACGAUGCUAUUUGUAAAGUUCUGAAAGUUCUCAUUUACGUGAGUGUGGGUGACCUCAUGCUGUUCCAAACCUGUGUGACUUUCUUCUGUGGAACAUGCAGAAAGUUAGGGACUUGGGUUUUUGUCCAUUUAUUGAAAGUGAAUGGUGACCGAGUCAUAUCUUUCAGUGUUUCGUUGAAAAGAAGAGUGUGUGAAGGAUAGGUGUAAUGGAAAAACUCAUUGUCUCACAUUCUAUCAAAUGCAGAUGCUAUUCUUUUCAAUUAAUUAUUUCAAUAUAAAAACAAUGUAUAUUUUUCAAAUGAUCACUGAUGUUUGCUCAUGAAAUAAGGCUUUGCAUGUCAUGUAAACUAAUCAGCACUGAAAAGGCAAACUAAUAAUAAAAAUAAAAACACUGAACUGUA